GCCAAAUGCCCGUUGUUUCCAUAACUAGGUUGAGCUAAAAAAGAAAAAGAACAAUCCCCCAUGGAUUCGAUCGUUAAAGCGGAGAUCGUCGACGCUGGCGACCAGCCGGUGUCCGCCAACUUGCCAGCGCCGGAACCGCCGCGGCGUCCGUCGGAACCCCCGGCGGUGAUCGAUCUCAGCAGCAGCGACAGCGACUCCGAGGCAGAAGAGAACGGCGCCGGUGGGGCAAAGAGAUCUGGGUCUCCCAAUGGUUCCGACGACGGAGGGCCGUUCAAGAAGCUGCGGGCGGAGGGUGGCCUCGCUGCGGCUCUCCCACUUGGCUUUCUUGAUCCUCUCCCCCCGGAUAUCCCCCCGCCGCUGCCUUUGCCGCUGCCUUUGCCGCUGGCGGUCGCGGGGCCGCCGCCGCCACCGCCCGCGACGGGUUUCCAGGGGUGCAAGCAGUUCUGGAAGGCUGGCGACUACGAAGAGAGGCCGAUCGCCGAUUCCACGCUGCACUAUGCAUCAGGGAUGGAUCACGUGAGAGUUCACCCAAAGUUUCUACAUUCUAAUGCUACCAGUCACAAAUGGGCACUUGGAGCUUUGGCUGAGCUUUUGGACAAUUCGCUGGAUGAGGUUUGCAAUGGAGCUACAUAUGUGAACAUUGAUAUGCUAGACAAUGAGAAAGAUGGAACCAGAAUGUUGCUUGUUGAAGAUAAUGGUGGUGGGAUGGACCCCGAUAAAAUGCGGCAAUGCAUGUCAUUGGGAUAUUCAGCAAAGUCCAAAGUAGCAAGUACCAUUGGACAAUAUGGAAAUGGCUUUAAAACGAGUACCAUGAGACUUGGUGCUGACGUCAUUGUGUUCUCCCGUAGCUGUGCAAAAGGAGGAAGAAGGCCUACACAAAGCAUUGGUAUGCUGUCCUAUACCUUUCUGAGGAACACAGCAAAAGAAGAUAUUGUAGUUCCAAUGCUUCAUUAUGAGAAAGGACAAACUUGGAAUAAGAUGGAGCAAUCAUCUUUAGUUGAUUGGAGUACAAAUCUAGAGACUAUUUUACAAUGGUCACCAUAUUCAAGUGAAGCUGAUCUUCUUCAACAGUUCAGUUCAAUGAAAGAUCAAGGGACACGAAUAAUCAUAUACAAUCUAUGGGAGGAUGACCAAGGGGAGUUGGAACUUGAUUUUGAUGUUGAUAAACAUGAUAUUCAAGUCAGAGGUGUUAACCGUGAUGAGAGAAAGAUUCAAAUGGCCAAACAAUUUCCAAACUCCAGACAUUUCCUAACAUAUAGACAUUCCCUGAGGAGUUAUGCCUCUAUUCUUUAUCUUAGACUUCCGCACUUCUUCAAAAUGGUUUUGCGUGGCAAAGAAAUUGAACACCAUAAUCUGGUGAAUGAUAUGAUGCUAAAGCAAGAGGUCACAUACAAGCCGCAUCCAAGUGCUGAUGGGGUUCCUAGGGAUCCAAACAUGGUUGCGGUUGUUACAAUUGGCUUUGUUAAGGAUGCUAAAAAUCACAUUGAUGUUCAGGGAUUUAAUGUCUAUCACAAGAAUCGAUUGAUAAAGCCUUUCUGGAGAGUAUGGAGUGCUGCUGGAAGUGAUGGGCGUGGAGUUAUAGGUGUGUUGGAGGCCAAUUUUGUUGAGCCAGCUCAUGAUAAGCAAGACUUUGAACGGACAACUAUUCUUUCAAGACUAGAAGCACGACUAGUUCAGAUGCAAAAAACAUAUUGGUCAACAAAUUGUCAUAGAAUUGGCUAUGCUCCAAGGCGUAGUAUAAAACAAAUUGAAUCUGAAGAUAGAGAGAGCUCACCUGGAGCCCUUCAUUCAAUAUCCCAGCGUUCUAAGAAGUAUGCUUCUUCAAAUGGUGUAUCUCACAGAAGCAAAUCACAAAAUUCAAUCAAGGUUCAAUCUAUGGGCAAGUCUUUUUCAGGCUCAUAUAAAAAGGCAGGGAAUGCCAGAAACUCACCCAUUGGUUUGGGUAAAUUGGGGGAUGAUAAAAGUGCACGCUCUUCGUUUUCAAGAGAACAUAGUCUCAAGAGUGCUGAGAAAUUUGACAAAAAAAGGUCUCCACUUUCAAAAGCAAAUGGAACACAAUACAUAAGCGAUGAGAGUGACCCAGAGAUUGAAUGCGUCCUUUCAGAGAAAAUUGUAAAUGAUUCUGGUGGUCCAAAGAGUUCAGCAAAUAAUUUAACUGAAGGAAGUCAAGAUGCAGAUAGAGGUUGGGGGAUCAACCAAAUUACUACCAGAUCACAUUCAAAGGCACCCACUGCCUUAUGUGAUCGAAGUGGACCAGAUCUUCAGGAGUCAGAGCUGAGUAUCAAGCAGUUGAAGGAUGAAAAUAAAACAUUGAAGGACAGGCUUAUCAGGAUGGAGGAAUCAAUGCUACAAGAACUGCAAUAUGAGAAGGAUAGGAAUAAAUCAUUGAAUGAGCAACUAGAAGCAGCGCACCAGAAAUUGGAAGAGGCAAACCAGGAGCAAGAGGCUCUGAUUGAAAUAUUUUCAGAAGAAAGAGGUCGGCGAGACAAAGAGGAGGAAACUUUGAGGAAGAAGUUAAAGGAUGCUUCUUCAACAAUACAAGAGUUGAUAGAGAAGUUGAGUACCAGCCAGAAGUAACCACAAGACAUAGGAUGUUGGUAUAGGCGAAAGAUGAUUGCAUGCCUUCAAAGACACCAUUAUCUUAUUUGGGGUCUGCAAAUGGAUGACAUGAAACACCUGCACAUGAUUUCUGAGGGAUCACAUUUUGGUCCUAGAGAUAGCACCAGUAAGUGAGACUGCAGCAAUGUUGGAUAUUUUGACAUUUCUUAUAGUCAACUCCAUGUUGUUGGCUUGCCUCCCUUAGUUGAGAGAUUGUAUAUCACGUUAUAGCAAGGGAACUUUUGCAACUUUAUCUGUUUGUCAUUUACUUUUAUUUGUAUAGCUUGUGAUAUAUCAAUAGUAACUAGUUGUAACAAUUUUAAAUGUUAAGUUGUAUAGAAAAAAAUUAAAUUGAUCUUUU